ACAGCUCAGUCCUCACCCUCCUUUCCAGUCAGCUUUGGGGUUGUUGAGGUUUGGGCACCAUGGGGACUCCAAAUGAUCAAGCAGUGCUCCAGGCCAUCUUCAAUCCUAACAGCCCCUUUGGAGAUAUUGAUGGGAUCGAGCUGGGGGAGGACACUGAGGCAGAAGAUGACGACAGAACUUUCCCUCAAGCCCAGCUGGAGCAGUCCAAGGCUCUGGAGCUGCAGGGUGUGAAGGCCGCUGAGGCUGGGGACUUCGGCACAGCCCUGGAGAGGUUUGGCCAGGCCAUCAGCUUGCUGCCGGAGAGGGCCUCGGCCUACAACAACCGAGCCCAGGCACGGCGCCUCCAGGGAGACGUGGCAGGCGCCCUGGAGGACCUGGAGCGCGCCCUGACGCUGAGCCGCGGCCGGGGUCGUGCGGCCCGCCAGGGCUUCGUGCAGCGCGGGCUCCUGGCGCGGCUGCAGGGCCGGGACGAAGACGCCCGCCGGGACUUCGAGCAAGCCGCGCGGCUGGGCAGCCCGUUCGCGCGGCGCCAGCUGGUGCUGCUGAACCCCUACGCCGCGCUGUGCAACCGCAUGCUGGCCGACAUGAUGGGGCAGCUGCGCAGCCCCCGCAACGGACGCUGAGCCCGCGGCUCGGCCGAGCAAUAAUAAAGCUGCCCGCUCCGGCCGACG